AUGGAAAUUCUGCCGUCCGUUAAAACCCAUGGCUCAAAAAUCCCAUCACACAAUCCAUGGCGUCCCAUUGAUUCCAAGAGAAAACCCCUUUUCAGCACCAAGAAAUCAAAUUUUGUUGAUUGGGUUAGUUUUCAUCACAUAAAGGGCCCUAGAUUAGUAUCACAGAGCAACAAUGGCGAAGGGGGGUCGAUCGCGCAGCCAUGUCUCGAGAACAUGCCUCUUUCAAUGGAGUUGGAGCCCAUUUCAAGCGAAACCCACUUCGAUCGUGUUAUCGCCGAGGCGCAGCAGCUCGAAGAAUCACUCGUCGUCUUAUGGAUGGCAAACUGGUGUAGGAAAUGUAUUUACUUGAAACCGAAGCUUGAAAAGUUAGCGGCUGAUUAUAAUCCAAGGUUGAGAUUUUAUUCUGUUGAUGUCAAUAAUGUACCGCAUAAGCUCGUGGUUCGUGCUGGAGUUACUCUUUGGAGGGACAGCAAGAAACAGGCGGAGGUGAUCGGAAGUCAUAAAGCGCAUUUGGUAGUUAGUGAGGUUCGAGACAUGAUAGAAAACGAAAAUCGCAUUUAG